AUGCACUCUGGGUUGAUGUCUGUCUUGUUGCUCUGCAUGGCGUCAGUUAUAUCUGCGUUCUACGUCCCAUACUACGUAAGUCAACAAAUUUCGAGUUUUAAAUUUGAUUAAUCAAUUGAAGACUCUUCAAAAAGGAGAGCUGAACUAUGCAGGAAGUGCCGAGAAGCGCUCUUUUCUCGGAUAUGGCAAGUGAGUUCCGUUUCUCGAGUACUAAACUUGAACGUGACAGUUGGGAAAAUGAAAAAGAACCCUCUGUUAUCAGCUAAAAGUCAGAAAAUGGCCUAUGAAGGCUCGGGGAGCAUCUGUCGUGGAAAUGAGCGAACGUUUCAAUGUUUGCUCACGGACUGUCAAUUUGGCGUCGUAGAUCAGCCUCAUUUCAGAGCAGAAAGAUGAAAUCAACUUCAGAGAACAGAAUGAAAAAAUUUUGGAAAUAAUUGAAACUUCAGCGGCAGACAGGAGAAGCGCGAGUUCAACGCCGACGACUUGACUCUCAGAUUCGGAAAACGCGGGGAUCCGUUGGAAUUUCAGCCCGACCACCUUUCCCUCAGAUUUGGCCGUUAG